CCGAUAUUACGGAGUAUUUAUUUACAUCAAAACCAAUAAAUUUGUUCAUAACAGUUCCGUUCAAGUGGCCCGUAAGACACAGAAAUUGACUAUCCCGUUGCGUCGCCAAAAUUAUUAGUUUUGUGUGAAGUGUACAUCUAACGCAAAUUUUUUUGUGCAAGUAUUUUUGCUGUGAUCAAAUCACGCGACGGAUUAUUAUCUAACUAGCUGUCGUAUUUGGAUGGUUGAAAAUGAUCCCCGACAACGUAACGCUAAUUGUUAAGGCCCCAAAUCAGCAAAUCGAGGACCAGAAUAUUGAGUGCCAAUCUUCGUGGACGGUUAAGCAACUGAAGGGCCACCUCUCGGAGGUCUACCCUAGUAAACCGGGUGCAGAUGAACAAAAAAUCAUAUACUCAGGCCAGUUGUUAGAAGACAACACAGUGCUCAAAGAUGUCUUACGAACAUACGAAAGCCAGAUAGCACACACUAUGCACCUUGUGUGCACACCAAAAAGGAAUAUAGAACCUCCAGCACCCACUCCUGAUGGACUUAGACAAAGGAAUGUCGGUGACAGAGCAGAGCCUAUCCAAGUAUCAAGGCCAGAGACAAGACAGAAUGACCAGAACCAUACAGUGGAAAUGCAGAACUAUUUGAGUUCGUUUGUCAACAAUUAUGGUCGGGUACCACCUUACCCAAACAACUAUAACAACUUUGGUGGAAGGUUUCUGCCGGUGAAUCCGAAUGAUCCCGCGUCAUACGCCAAUCAUAUGAUGAUGAUGCAGCAAGCGUACUUGCAGUAUAUGCAGCAAUAUGCCAAUAUGUGGCAAGCAACCAACAACGCGGUCCCCGCAGCCCCGCCCGUGCCGGAGACCCCCGCUGCGCCCGAGCCCGCGCCGGCGCCCGAGGACGACGAGGCGCCCCGCGACUGGCUCGACCAUCUAUACGCGGCAUCGCGCAUCGCUAUACUGUUCUCGCUGGUGUACCUGUACGGAAGCCCGGCGAGGCUGCUCCUCGUGCUGCUGUUGGCCGUGGCUGGCUACUUGCACCAAAUCGGCUUCUUUAGAGACCUCCACGUGAACCAGCUACCCAGACCGCAGCCAGUCCCGCGCCCGGCCAACGUUGGACUUGACCAAGCCCAAGCCCCGGCCAACCAAGCCCCAGCAGACCAAGCACUCGUCAACCAAGCUCCAGUCAACCAAGCUCCAGUGAAUGAACCAGCUGCCCCAGUCAACGCUGAAGCUGUUAACGCUGAAGCUGUUAACGCUGCGCCACAGGUAAACCACGACAGUGAAACCACCCCACCCGAAGACAACCAGCAGUCUCUUUUAGCGGUAACAUGGAUGAUUUUCACCACGUUCUUCGCCUCCUUAAUACCAGAUACCAACUAGUGUUUUGUGAAAGUAGUGUGAAUAUAUUUAGGAUCGUCUGUAAUUAUGGGUUACAUACGUUGAAAUUGUAGUUUUUCGGCUGCCUUUAUAUAUUAUGAAAUUUAUGAAGGACGGAAAGCUUUCGUUAGAAAAACUUGUUUAAUAUUUUCCGAAUUUAUCACGGGAUAAAUAACGUAUGGGAAUUUUGACAGAUUGGAUGAUGUUGGCACCAUUUUUUUAAAGUAAUCGGCUUAUUAGAUAUCACAGAUCUACCAUGUGCAAAAGAAUCACGUAUAUGCACAUUUCAUAAGUGCGAAAGAGGCGAACUACAAAUGGAAAAACGAAACCACGUUUGAGCCCUAUAAACGAUCGCUAUAGCGGCCACUUGAUUGUACCAAAACGUAAGGUCAACGGACUAGAAAAUUCGAAAAACUGUAUUCAGGAGAUAUAUCUGGGAAUAUACAAUAUACAUAUUAUUUCUAAAUUCAAUACUUCCAUUGACACUUAAACAUCAAUCCGAAUUUGGUCAUUCUUUUGAUUGUUGUCAGGCAAUUUUGUACAUUGUAGCUCUGUGUAAGAAUUGCAAACUGCACUUACAGUGUGCCUUUGUCGAUACAAGCCUCCUACAAGGCGUUGUAGAGUCGAAGACAUCUAAAACAUAUGUAUUGUAUACUAAGUACCAAUAUGCGAGGUACAACUAGUGAAAUGAAGACAUUCAAUUCUCAAAAUUAUACUAUUGAGACUAUACUUUCUAAAGUUAUUUCACGGUUAUAUUUAAUUCGUUGUGUUUACACGUAAAAUGAGUCGAUGACUCCGUAGUCUCCGUAUGUGCCGCUUGCUUACACUUUUAAGUGUUAAAGGCCGACUUGCAUGCCAGGAAAGAAUAAUAGAUCGCAGAAGCGAUAAAACCCCGCGAUUUAGAAAUAAUAAAUUUUUAGAGAAAGUAAUAUAUGGACCCUGUUUGAAUUAAAGUUUAGGGUAAGUUCUGGUUGUUCAAAUUCCUUGUACUGAUAUAAAACCAAAUAUUAAAUGUGUAUAAUUUAUCUUUUUCUAGUAUUAGGUGGACUUGCCACUGUGGAUUUAUAAUGUUGUUUUAAGUUGAAUAGUUACAGAAAACACUUUUGUCCAUUUUGAACUUUAAUUGCAUUGAAAUAGAGUUGAGGUGAUAACAAAUGCUUACUUUUUAAAAUAACUAUUCUAAGUCUAAGACAGAUCAUUUCUUGCCAUAAAUAUAUUAUUCUCAGAAUGUUUGGCAAUCCAUGAAAUUUGGAACAGUAAUUGACAACACAUUGAUUUUCAAAUAACAUAAAAUAAUGAGUUAUGCAACAUUCUGUAUGUUUAAAAAAUAUUUAUUAUAAAUCCACAGUAGGUAAGUUGUUCGACGUAGGUUAAAAAUGUAUUUAAUGUGAUGCAAAAAACAUGAAAUAUGGAAAAAAAAAUAGGGCUUAUAAAAAAAUCUGGAUAAAGAUUUGUAUAGCGUUUUUAAGCCUGUGAUUUUCGACCAAGAACACUUUUUGUUUGUUAGGUACACUUUUUAAUCGGUGUUAUUCUAACUACUUUGUGCAUUAUUCACUAGGGUGGGUCACUCGUGUAUGGAGAAAAAAAAAGUAUUAGUUAUCCUUCGGGCACAGUUACAUAAAGUUGCGUAAUAAUGCCAAUAUACAGUAUUUCAAAUUAUUCUGUAAUCGGAAUUCAUUUUCUGCCUCCGGAUCCAUUUCAAAGUUUUCGUAUAAAUAUUAUUAUAUUUUGUAUGGUCUGCGGAGUACAUUUAUGUAUCGUCUCUUUAUUCAAACUUUAGCCAAAAAGUUAUACCAUUAUUAGCUCGAAAUAGCAUGGUAAAGGUUCAGAGCCAAUAAAUAAAUAAAAAAGUACUCAAAAAGAAACUUUUUUUUUUUCAUAAUGUCCAUACAUUUAACAAAAACUUUGACUAAAAUCCGGAGGCAGUAAAAUUAAAGCUAAAAAUAAAAUAAAAAUACGUGCAAUAAUUAAUUACCAAAUGGCACCUUUUUUUAAUUGUGCCCCCUAUUAAAUUAAAAAAAGUAAAAAUGACCCACCCUAUUAUUCACAUAGUCUCUAUGUCAGUGAGAAGAAAACACUUAGGGUGUCAUUCAGAGAGGGAUCCACCCCGCAAGGAUUCGUCAAAAAAAUUCGUCGCAAUGGGAAUACUUAGAAUCUAAGCUUGUAAACCUGGUUUAUAAACAAUAGUACAUUAUUGUCGAGGCUCGGAAGUAGCUACUUGCAGGCUGAGGAUUCGUUUUAAACGGACGACCUUGGGAGUCCGUUUAAUUGAAUCCGAAGCCAGCAAGUAGCCUUCCAGCCGAGUCAUAUAUAGUGCUUUUCUCAAAAAUGGUGCAAGAAAUAUAAAUAUCAUAGAAAUAUUUUACAAAAGCAACGUUCUUACGUAUAUAUUUUCACAGAAAAAAGUAGAAACAAUUGAAAAAAUUAGCUUUGCCGCCUUUUUAUUUUUUAAAUAAAAAAAUAGAAGUGUAUUUUUCUGCCGAAAAUACGCCAACCUAUUUGAGACAGCUAAAUAGUCGCGGUACUAAUCAUCUGUUUGGCUGUUUAAUGGGCCUGUGCCUUCAUUUGAUAUGGCCAUUUCAACUUUUAAAAAGUUUGGAACUCGACAAAUAAUGGAAUUUGUAUGCAACAUUGCAGUCCCAAAAUCGAGACUGCAAUGUUUUUAACUUUUUAAUUUUUGACUGACCAUAAACUACGUGCUUCGCGACCUAUUUUUUAAACGGCAAAGUCGACUUUGCCGUCCAUUUUUGAGAAAAAAUAUUUAUAGUAAAUACGUGGCUUUAGCAAACCAGUAUGACCAUAGGUACAGUGACCAAGCAACGUAGUUCGUUUUUUUAAGCAUUAGAAAUAAGGUGAACAAUCUUGAUGUGUCUUUUAAUUGAAAAACACGUUUUAAAAAUAAGUCACGGUUAAUAAUAAUAAUAUGUAACAAUUAUGAAUCUGAUACGAUCAUUUAUUCUUCUGCUUUCAUAAGUAAUAGUUACUGAUUUGUAAAAGCGUUUUUCAAUUAAAAGACAUAUCAAGAUCGCUUGUUAAAAGAUUCAAAGAUUUAUUUGUUCAACAUAGGUAAGUUACAAGAUGUUAAAUAAAUGUUACCUUCUUUCUAAUGCUAUAAAAACGAACUAUAGGAGCAAAUGAAGAUAUUUUUGGACACCCUUUCCUGAUGAGUAGUGACGAAAUGUGCUGACACCUAUUUAUUAUUCCUCAUGUAAAACUUAGGCAUGGAAACGUUAAUCUAAAUUUUGUAAUCAUUGCUUAGUUACUUUUCUUGCCCGGUAAGUUUUCAGUGUGUAAAUAAUGAAUAGUUUUUUUUAUAGCGGGUAUAUACUAUACUGAGUAAUUGAGUAUAGCCACAAGUUCUGUUACGUACGAAGCUAAUGGUCCAUAUCCUAUAUAAGAAUUUGGGUAGAAAAUUGCUGAUUAAGUAUUAGUUCUUUAAUUCGGCGGUAUUGGAUUUCAUACCGCCAAAUCAAAGAACUAAUACUUAAUAUGGGAUAUGGUCAUGGAUAAAUUCUUAUAUGGGAUAUGGACUGAAAUGACAAGACUACGUAAGUUUCAACAAUAGCGAAUAUUUCGCGAAACUCUGCGUAGGGGGCGGUGGCUACCACAAUACAUCACAAUCUGGAAACAAGAAAAUCGAACUUUCGUAAUGUAACCUCACUUUUGCAUAUUCGAGCGAUAAAGAGGCAGUAGAUAACUAAAAACAAUAAAUAUCGAUUUUCGCGUUUCCCGGUAGGCCCUUGUUAACAAAAAGCCUCGAUGCAUCAAUGUCAUAUUGUCUGUGAAAACUUUUCAAAAACAAUUUAAGGCACAGUAUGUAUAAGUUACUCUAUGGUUUACUGGCGCUAGUGCUGCACUCUGGCGGCAGAACAUUGCAGUAAUACCCCCUAUUGGUGAAAACAUCCCCGAAUGAAGUAUACCAGUUACAUAUAAAGCCAGUUAUUUGUUAAAGAUAGAAAAGGAUAAAAUCUAAAUUGUAAAUUUAAAUUGUAUAAUGUAUGUAGUAAGUAUUUAAUUAAGGCUUUUUAGCUAUUUUGGAAUGUGAAAAAUAUUUUAGAUUUUUUGGUGCAAAAUAUGUUGGCAUACUCAGCACUAAAAUUGUAUAAAGUUUUAUUAACAUGGAUACAAAGAUGAGCAUUUUGUAAUUAAGAUUUAUGUGUAUUUAUUUGAUAUUACAGCAUGCAUAGCGGAUCGUUGGUACUGUGAUAUUCCAUGUUUUGUUUAAUUUUGAGCUAACAAUAAAUUUUUAAAA